ACAACCUGAGUGAAGCUCUGGAGAAGCUGAAGCUGACAUCAUCGGACAGCGCCAGCACUGAGACCUGUCUGGACUGCUUGCUCAAGGCACUCGCCAACAACAACACUGAGACCAGUAUGAAGAUCCAGGAGAUGGGCAUCCUUCCACUGCUGCCCGCCCUGCUGAACCCACAAUCUUCCUGCACCCCCAAAGUAGCCAACAUCAUAGCUGAGGUGGCCAAAAAUGAGUUCAUGCGGAGUCCCUGUGUGGACGCUGGCCUCAUCUCUCCUCUAGUUCAGCUGUUAAACUCCACUGACCAGGAACUCUUACUGCAGACGGGCCGAGCGCUGGGCAAUAUAUGUUAUGACAGCCAUGAGGGCAGGAGUGCAGUUCACCUGGCAGGAGGGGCUCAAAUAAUAGCUGAACUCAUUAGAUCUCUCUUCCAAAAUACUGAUCCGGAAAAUGAGAAGCUCUUGACAGUCUUUUGUGGCAUGCUGGUGAACUAUAGCAAUGAUAAUGAUUCAUUACAAGCCCAGCUGAUCAACAUGGGAGUGAUUCCCACUCUGGUGAAGCUGCUGGGCAUCCAUUCCCACAACACCGCCCUGACUGAGAUGUGUCUCAUUGCCUUUGGGAAUUUGGCAGAGCUCGAGUCCAGCAAGGAGCAGUUUGCCUCCACCAACAUCGCAGAGGAGCUGGUGCGUCUUUUCCAGAAGCAGACGGAGCACGAGAAGAAGGAAAUGAUUUUUGAGGUUCUGGCUCCACUUGCUGAAAACGAUACGAUCAAGCUGCAGCUGGUGGAGGCAGGCCUGGUGGAGUGUCUGCUGGAGGUGGUGGCUCAGACUGUGGACGGAGAGCGGGAGGAGGACGUGGCCCAGCUGAAGACAGCCUCUGACCUCAUGGUUCUCCUGCUGCUGGGAGACGAGUCCAUGCAGAAGCUGUUCGAAGGAGGAAAGGGCAGUGUCUUCCAGAGGGUUCUGUCCUGGAUACCAUCCCACAACCACCAGCUGCAGCUAGCUGGCGCUCUGGCCAUUGCUAACUUUGCCCGCAAUGAUGGGAACUGCAUCCAUAUGGUGGACACUGGUAUUGUUCAGAAGCUUCUGGAGCUGUUGGAUCGCCACGUUGAAGAAGGAAACGUCACUGUACAACACGCAGCGCUGAGCGCCUUGAGGAACCUGGCUAUACCUGUGGUCAACAAAUCCAAGAUGCUGUCUGCUGGGGUGGCAGACGUAGUACUGAAGUUUUUACAAUCAGAGAUGCCUCCGGUCCAGUUCAAACUCCUGGGAACGUUACGGAUGCUCAUCGAUACACAAGCUGAGGCCGCGGAGCAGCUGGGGACCAACAGGAAGCUGGUGGAGAGACUGGUGGAGUGGUGUGAAGCCAAAGAUCACGCAGGAGUGAUGGGCGAGUCCAACAGGCUCCUGUCAGCUCUGAUCCGACAUAGCAAGUCCAAGGAAGUUGUCAGAACUGUCAUCCAGGGAGGAGGAGUAAAACACCUGGUUACCAUGGCAACCAGUGAGCACAUGAUAAUGCAGAAUGAAGCGUUGGUGGCUCUGGGUCUCAUAGCGGCACUGGAUUUGGCUGCAGCUGAGAAGGACUUUGUCGGAGCCAACCUGGUGUCUGUUCUUCACAAGCUGCUGUCAGACGAGCGAAGUGCUCCAGAGAUUAAAUACAACUCCAUGAUCCUCAUCUGUGCAGUCAUGGGCUCAGAGCCCCUUCACAAAGAGGUCCAGAACCUGGCCUUCAUCGACGUGGUGUCCAAGCUGAGGGCUCACGAAAACAAGACGGUAUCACAUCAGGCCUCGCUCACAGAGCAGCGACUAACUGCUCAGAGCUAAAUGACUGUGUCCAGUACUCCCCACCCCCUCCAAACACCCACCCACUCAAAUGCCUGCUGACCAACCUGAUUACCAAGCUGACGCCUGGUGACUGCUCUCCCAUGUCCCAUCGUCAUGUGCCAAGGUACCACGUCGAGUUAACUGCCAGCCACAGUCAUCGACUCCCCCCUCUGCCCGUGUCCGCUAGGCUUAGACUGAUGUGCAAUACUUUGCUCUUAACACACAUCGUUCAGUAUCAACGUUUUCUAAUUGAUUUUGUGUUUCAGCAUGGGAAAACUCCACAAACUCAAAAUUUAAUAAACCUCUGAAACUGUUUUGAUCCCCCACCCCCCCGGGUCUCAAACCGUCUCCUUUUGAAGCCAUAGAAGUUAGUUUUAUUCAGGUGUCGAGGCAAGCUGACCUCCUCCGUACGGUGAUUUGUAACCACUGGUACUGUAGUAUGUUAACUAAAGCAGGAGGUCGGGGUAAAACCCAGCCCCCAGCUCUGCUUGUGCAUGUUUGUCCUGCCGCUUGCGGCCCCGUGGGAGCCGAGGCGCCGUAAACAGCCUGACGCAAUAGAAGAGAUGGCACUCUUUAAUGACCAUAGCUGUGACACCACCCACCAGUCAUAACGUGCACAAAAGAACAAAACUAACAUUAAAAAGGCUUUUCUUGUGAUUCUUUUUGUCCUUUAAAAAAAAAAACACCUUCCAUGAUGUACCUAGUAAUGUCCCAUGUAGCUUGAGUAUAAACUGAUUAGAAACUGUGCAUGUUUUUGUCUUGUUCAAGCUGUGACCGUGUUAAUGCUACCUUUCUGCCCCCUCCCCACCCAUAUACACCUGUACACUCCUCGUUUGCACACGUUCUUAAAGACUUGGAUUGAGAGAAUUUUGCUUUUCAGUUCUGCUGCUGUCCCAACACAGUCUAGCAGCUGUACAGAGGAAGGUAAACCCCCCAUCCCCCAAACUAUUCGACCUUUCCCUAAGACAGAACUGUGGAAGAGUCAGGUUUUGAUGGAAAUAUGUAGGGGUUUAUUUUCGAUCUAAGACGUGGUGCUAACCCAAAAAAUACAUUAAAAUUAAACAACUGGACUUGUAUAAUUAAAGACCUGUCUCUUCCCGUCCAGGGAGCUUUCUUAAUUCAAAGCUGGACAGUUUAUUGUUUUAAGCUUUAGGCUGCAUGAAAUGAUUUGUUUAUGCAGCUGAGUCACUGCAGAUGAAACGCACUCCCUUCACAACAGAGUCAUUAGUCUGGUCACAUGCAUGAAGGUGUGAAUAACUCAUCUUUUUACCUCAGGUUUACACCUCCCUGCAGGUGACUGAAGCCUUCUGUCUUGGGAGUCAGGCAAACAAAGACCCUGACACCCCUCCGGUGGGAGAGGGGGGAGAUUAAUCUGCCGUGGGUUUAGCUGCAUCAAUGGAGCAGUGCUCUAGAAAGACUCAAAUUAGUUUGGAACAACAGAUCAGUGUCCCAGGCUGCCAUGUCCACUUGUCUUAGUCCUCUGCGCUGAAGAGAGCUGGACUCUAUCCUUGAGGUAAAGAAAGAAUAGGCAUAUUUGAAAUGACCUGCUGCCAUCACCUGCUUCAGGUCCACUGAGACCCACCAUACAGUCCAUGCCCUCGGUGGAGAUCAUGACUAGAGUCCGACUGAUAUAGAAAUUUUGACUAUUGCCAAGACCGAUAUUGGAAUGGGAAGGCUAACUGAUACAAUGGCAGAAAAAGUUUGAGCUUUGUCCACCCCCAAGAAUCUAAAAAAAAACAGUGAGUGGAGCAGGUCUUGUUUAUUUAGCAACCAUGAAGCUAAGCUAAUCAGAUCCACGCUAUACGUAGACCCACACCAGGUUUACAGGAGGUGCACGGGUCAUAAAAACAGUCUUCCUAACGUGCGUUCACAUUUUCUAUCCUCCACUAUUCACCAUAAAGU